GACUUCUCGGUUCAGGAUCUGUUCAAAGCGGAACCGAUUAAGAAACAGAUGUCGACGGGAACAACGCCGCCCUCCACGCCGGCCACUCCCGGCCCGCAGACACCGUUCGGCCGCAAACAAUCGUCCGAUUCGCGCCGAGUGUCGAUCACUGAGCGCCAGUGUCCGGCCGGUUGCGGCCGUACGGCCACAAACCCGGCGCUCAGCAUAUACUGUAACGCCGAGUGUAUCGACACUCACGUGUCGGACAUGUUGAAGGUGUUGCGCGCUCACCGGCGCGAACGGUCCGACUCCGGCUCCGGCCGUGCCAUCAAAGAGCUCGACCGCCGAGUAGUGGUCGUCGAGAAGUCCAGCGGUCGCCUCCUGUCAGGCAAAGAGGCGAUACCCGAACGCGAAGUGUUGGACUAUAUUAAGAGUAACCAGACGUACGAACUGUUCCGGUCGUCGUCGAUGAAGGACACGACCAGCACUACCAACGCCAACACCUCAUCGUCUAAGAAGAAGGACGAGUCGUCGACCGCUAAGUCGCCGCUUCUGUCGCCGCAAAAGAGUCAGAGGAAUAGUAGGUCUGAUGAGAAGAAUAGGACACCGAUUAGUAGAAGCAACAGUAGGAGUGGUGCGGACUUUGAGGGCGCGGAUCCGAUUCGGGCCAAUGUGCGGACCACUCUGAAGGACACACUCAUUAACAGAUGCAAAGAAGCGAAUGAGACACUUGUCAGCUCAUCCGACAUCCAGAAGACGGCCAAUCAUAUCGAAGAAGAGCUGUUCAAACUGUUCAACAAAGACACGAGCGGUAAAUACCGGAACCGAUACCGAUCGCUGCUAUUCAAUCUGAAGGACACGAAGAAUCAGGGAUUGUUCCGCAAAGUGGUCAACGGGAAGAUAUCGCCCGAACGACUGGUGCAGAUGUCGGCCGACGAGUUGGCCAGCAGUGAGUUAGCGAAGUGGAGAGAGAGGGAGAAGAUCUCGAUGUUGGACGCCAUCAAGAGGGACGCCGCCGACAAAGUGAAUCAAGUGAUCGUUAAAAAGACCCAUAAGGGCGAAGAGCUGAUCGAGAGCGGCGGUAUCGUCGGCGAGACCGCCAAUGAGGCCAAACCGGAUGACAGCAAAGCGUUGACACCGACCACUACCUCCACGUCGGGUGUCUCGACACUAUUGGACGACCUGAUGGGCGGCUCCAGCGUCGACACCACAUCCCAACACCGACAGCACCUCUUCUCUAACAACUGUCGCAUCUGUUUGAAUAAACAGACGGACGACACGACCGGCAAAAGUGACUCCAAAUCAGGCCAUCACUCGUCGGCGAUCGCUAGGUCUGGUUCAGAGGCGACAACCCCUCGACCGACGCCCAAACGAGUGCGCGUGGACUCGGAGUCGGCCAAUAAGAUACUGCUGGAGGCGGCGAAACUCACAUCGGCUGCCGCAGCGGCGACGGCCGUCACCGUUACCAUCGCUAAGUCGGCGCUGAAGCGUACGGCCAGCGCCGACACCGACGACAACAGU